UCAAGCCCCAAAUUCCCUCAAGAUCAGGGCAUGUUGACCAAAGAGACCACCUCCCCCACAGAGAAAAAUGAUGAUGGCCUGGGGCCAAUUUAACCCAGUAACACCCCAACAUCUGCCCAACCUGUAUAGAGAGGGGGAGAUAUGGUUUGGUUGGUGCAGGAAAAAUCUUAUUUACAGAGAAGGGGCAGCUGAGAUGAGCCAAGAAUAUGGGAACAUCUACAGCUGUGCCUCUUCCCUGCAUCCCUUCCUGUAGGAGGUGGAAGAUGGGGAAUUCCUGAUGAUGGGACUGAGGGGGCCUGGUUCCCUGGGGAAAUGGGAAUACCAGGGGCUGACUCCUGUGGUUUGGUCAUCUAAGUCUCACUAAAUAGCCAUUCCUAGGAAGGGUCCUUUAGGAUGCUGGUUUAGGGGACCAGCCCAGGAGCAGAAACUGAGGCAGGCUACUCCUCCCAUGAGAGUCACUGCAAAGUGAGACCCAAGAAGGUCCCAAGGCAGCCCCAGCCCCGCCUACCCUUCCUGGGUGCUAAUCCCCAGCAUGGACCACUAACGAGAGGGGAUUGGCUAAGGAUCUUGGAAAGAGGGCGUCACCACUGCCUGGCCCAAGGGUUAAAUAGGGGCUGCGGGAAGCAGACAAAAUGCUCCGGAGAAGUGCUGUCUUGCUUGGGCUCCCUGAACCAAACCAUGACCCAGACCCUGAAGCUCGCCUCCAGGCUGUUCCAUCGCGUCCGCUGUGUUCCUGAGCUGGGAGCCUCACUGGGCCCCAGAGGCGCCGACUCAGCGCCCUGCAGCUUGGCUGACAUCCCAGGCCCCUCCACACCCGGAUUCCUGGCUGAACUUUUCUGCAAGGGGGGGCUGUCACGGCUACACGAGCUGCAGGUGCAGAACUCGGAGCGAUUCGGGCCAGUGUGGUUGGCCAGCUUCGGAACCGUGCGCACGGUAUUCGUAGCCGCCCCUGCUCUCAUCGAGCAGCUGCUGCGACAGGAGGGGCCCCGGCCGGAGCGCUGUAGCUUCUCACCCUGGGUGGAGCAUCGCCGUCGCCGCCAGCGAGCAUGCGGACUGCUCACCGCGGAAGGCGAAGAAUGGCAGAGGCUCCGCAGCCUCUUAGCCCCACUCCUCCUUCGUCCUCAAGCGGCUGCCGGCUAUGCCGGGACCCUGGACAACGUAGUCCGUGAUCUUGUGCGGCGACUGAGGCGCCAGCGGGGACGGGACGCCGGGCCGCCCGCGCUAGUUCGGGACGUGGCGGGAGAGUUUUACAAGUUCGGCCUAGAAGGCAUAGCCGCGGUGCUGCUGGGUUCGCGCCUGGGCUGCCUGGAGGCCGAAGUGCGGCCGGACACAGACGCCUUCAUCCGCGCCGUGGGCUCGGUGUUUGUGUCCACGCUGCUGACCAUGGCGAUGCCGGACUGGCUGCACCGCCUCGUGCCGGGGCCCUGGGGCCGCCUCUGCCGGGACUGGGACCAGAUGUUUGCAUUUACCCAGAAGCACGUGGAGCGGCGAGAGGCCGAGGCGGCCAUGAGGAGCCAGGGAAGGCCUGAGGAGGACACGGGCCCCGGGACGCACCUGACCUACUUCCUGUUCCGGGAAAAGCUGCCUGCUCCGUCCAUCCUGGGGAAUGUAACAGAGCUGCUACUGGCCGGAGUAGACACGGUAUCCAAUACACUCUCCUGGGCUCUGUAUGAGCUUUCCCGGCACCCUGAAGUCCAGAAGGCACUCUACUCCGAGAUUACAGCUGCUCUAGGCUCCUGUGCCCACGCCCCAGCCACUGCUCUAUCCCAGCUGCCCCUGCUGAAGGCUGUGGUGAAGGAGGUGCUGAGGCUGUACCCUGUGGUACCUGGAAAUUCCCGUGUCCCAGACAAAGACAUUUGUGUGGGUGACUACAUUAUUCCAAAAAAUACGCUGGUCACUCUGUGUCACUAUGCCACUUCACGGGACCCUGCCCAGUUCCCAGAGCCAAAUUCUUUUCGUCCAGCACGAUGGCUGGGGGAGGGCCCAUCCCCCCACCCAUUUUCAUCUCUCCCCUUUGGGUUUGGCAAGCGCAGCUGCAUGGGGAGACGCCUGGCAGAGCUUGAGCUGCAAAUGGCUUUGGCCCAGAUCUUGACCCACUUUGAGGUACAGCCUGAGCCAGGUGCUGCCCCAGUCAAACCUAUGACCCGGACUGUCUUGGUCCCUGAGAGGAGCAUCAACCUACAGUUUCUGGACAGAGAGAGCUGUGGAAGCAGGCUAUCAUCAUCACCCCUUUCCUCAUAAUAGGGGCUUAUUAGGCUCAAGACCAAGAGAUGCAUCUUUCCCGAGGUCUGUCUGACCUAGCUAGUCAGAAUGACCAUAAUAAAGUGUUUGAGGUAGUUCUGACCCAGGUGUGAAGUAUGAGCUUGGCCAGACCCAGCUGGCCCUAAGCAAACCAUGGUCCCCUACCAGCUCAGUCCAUCUCCUGGUCAUAUCAUGGGCAUCCUUCAAGGGCCAACUCAGAUCUUAACUAACAAUGCUGUGUAGCCUGAGGAAGGAUUCACCCACAACCCUUUUGGGGCCUCCAUGGUAUUCAUUGAUGCUGCUGACCAAGCACGUACCAUGGGAUGAGCUAAGUAAUUGUGCAUCUGAUCUGCACCUAGUUGGUCCUCCCACCUUGCAUGUGAGCUCCUUGAGGGGAAGGAUGAGGCCUUAGUCAAUCUUGGUAUUCCCUGCCAGGGUCUAUCUGACUAGGUGAAACCAUAUACAUUGUCAGAUUGAAUCUGGACCAUGAGGCAGAAGAGAUAAGCAGCUUACCAGGCUGUACCCCCCUCCUUCCUCAUUUUGCCCCUAGGAAAGUGAGUCUUCCCUAGCCUGGUUUAUGAUACAUUCAACUUUCCUUGGCUCUCUGGUCACUGUUAGGUGGGCUUGCCUUGCCACUUAGUCCUCAGGCAGGGACAUCUUUGGGCCUGCCCCUGCCCAGGUGUAUGUCUUCCUUUUUAGAUCGAAAUUUUUAAAUAUUCAAAGUUUUGAAAUUUAAAAAAAAAAAAAUCAUGUGUUCCAUCCUUGAUUUUUGACUUACUUUUCUCCCCUUCUACUUCCUACAAGACCUAGAGGUGUAAUCCUGAUCCCCAUCUCCACUUUGGUUUCCUAGGUCCUGGGAGAGAACCCCCUCCCCACCUCCCACACUUA